ACGUAUUAUAUUUCGCUGCGAUAAUCGGCCGCCAAUUCGUGGAAGGACGACGCGAUGGAUCGCUGAGUUAUAUCGCGUGUUCGAAGUUAGGGCACUUCGAGGGAGACCUCGUGCGUUCUGUCAUUGUCGCGGAGUCUCACUCGCGAGGAAGCGUACGGACGGACAAGGAGGGAGGCGCGAGCUCGCUCGCCUCGCCGUCGUCGUCGACGAUAAUUAUGUUACGCUGUGCAACGCGAGCCAAGCAAAAUGGCCGACCGCGAGUGCUCGGCGGUGCUGUUGUUUAUUCGUUAGGGUGAGGGAGAAGGCGGCGCGUCGAUUCCUCGUCGUCAAUUAUUCCUCGGACCAUUUGCUUUCGCGGCCCGGAAUCUGCGCGACAUACCAUAUCUCGUUAUUACGGCCGCCGUAACAGCUCACUUCCGCUUUUGUGUCUGCGACAACGUCAAAUAAUUACCCGGGUGCGCGUGUUACGUUUUUUCGUUAGGUCUGGAUUUUUACGAUCGCCCGGGAACUUGUUUGUAACGUAAUAUUCACGGGAUAUUUUAACAGGAGCGGAAGGUGGAGUCUGGAGAGACGUUGCUGGAGCCUUGGAACUUUAUUUGGCGCGCCCAGGUAGACAAAGAUGUCAAGUUCGUAUAUCGUUGAGCCGCAAAGCGACUCCGAGAAGAAGGACGAUACAUUAAUUAUUGUUGUAAAUGACGAUGGGACCCUAUCUGUUGAUCAGGCGACUCUACACAACUUGAUAAUGACCCAAUCGACCGCUAAUGUUAGCGUGGUAAGACUAGGACAAACUGAGACAGACAUCGAAAAUGGGGAUAUAACCUUGACUGUAGAUCCACCGCCAUUUACACAUCCUACAGCGAGCUCGGUAAGCGCGAAUGCCAGUACCGACUCGGGUGGGUUGGUAGAUCCUUUUAUGGAGAUGGAUCCGGAACAGUUGGAAAGAUUAGAGACAGCUCUCCAAAGCGAAGAGGCAAAGCAGAUACUCGGGGAGAAUGUCACUGCAAUGCUUGAUAUGUUAUCAGUAGAGGAGCGGCAGAAUACUAUACGCUAUAGUAUACAAUUGGAUCAUUGUUAUACAAGUAGAUUAUCUCCCAAUGAUCCAAUACCGAGAGAUCCCUUACCAAUUGUUGAUGAUUCACCUGAAUCAAAUGAUGUGCAAUAUAUACAUCAAUCAUUGUCUUCUCGAACAACUAUUGCAUCAUCUGUUAAUGAUGUAGAAAAUGUUGGAGUUAAGGGCAAGAUUAUUGUAAAGAGUGUGAGUGCACCAUUGCAAAGCAAACAAAUAAGUAGACCGAUACGUAAAGUUACUGUAUCUACACCUACAAAUGUAACUGGACUUUCUAGAGGUAAUACAAAUAUUGUUGGAACACCUAAAUUAUCGGGACAUCUUGCUCCAAGAAAUAUAACAAAUGUCCAGCACGGUGUAACUAAAGCACAAGGUAAGAAUAACGAGGAGGAAGAGGAUGAUGAUGUCACAGAAUCAUCUACAGAGUCCUCAGAAUCUGAACCACCAUCCGAUAAUGAUAAUGAUUCGGACUUUGGGCCUCGUGGUACUAAGAGAAGUAAUGCCAAAGCUCGAGGGGGACGAAAAGGUCUUACUACAAGAGGGGGUAGUAUGGCAGCAGUUCGAAGAAGAGGUCAAAACAAACAAUUAGAUAUGGAACAGGUACGACGAUUGGAUAUGGAAAUGGCUGCUGCUGUUAAUGCAAUGAAAACUCCCGAGAAAGAUGAAAGAGCAGAGAGGUUUAGUCCAACAAAGAGUAAAAGACAAAUCAAAACUCUCGGUGGGAAGAAGAAAGAGGAAUCGCAAUAUGCGGAAACAUUUGCGUCUGAAGAAGCGAUAUAUGAGAAACCGCCGCAAACGACAAAUCAAGUGAAAGCGAAUCUAAUUAACGCCAAUAUGAUAAAGGGCGAUAUGAUAUUGACCAAACCUGGUCAAGGAAGGAGUAAUCAAAAAGUUACCUUUGUUCAAAAACAGAUAUCGAUGAAACCCAAUGAACUCAAGAAUAUCGGGCUUAAAAAGUCAGUGGUGAUUCCUAAGGGAAAACCUGUAAAUCAAACAAAUACAAAAUUACUCACACCUACAGAUGGAAAAUUGGGACCAUUAUCAAUAGCACCUAAAACUGUAACUCCAAGCAUACAGGUUUCCUCAGUAAAAGCCACAGUGACACAGCAACCUGUGUCACAACAAUCUGCACAAGUUGUGAAUCAAGGAUUAUCGAUGCAACAGCAAUUCAAAAUUCUUCCAUCAGCUGGUAGUCCUUUAAAAAUCAAACUUGGUGAUAUAAAAAGAGAAAAGAGAAAAUCUGAUAGCAUAGAAUUAUUUUCAAAGGGAGAAGAAAAUUCUGCAAAAUCCAUAGAGAACAAAGUACUGGAUGGUACAAAGAAACUUAAGAAGGAUAAUCGAAAAGUUCCUGGAUUUGUAGCAGAUUCUCUAGGUCCAGCACUUUUCUCAACACCAGAUAUUAUCCGACGUGUUGGUUCGAAUAGUGAUGGAAAAAUCGGAGACAAUCCUGCAACACCUACAACUCCGACAACUCCUUCUGCGACAGUAGUAUCUACACCCGGAUCAUCGAUAAUGCCUAUAACUGCAGCCACUUCAUUGGAUAUUGACAUUUGUGCUGGUUCAAAUAUAACACAAAACAUUGCCUCCAAUUUUAAUGAUAAAAAGAUAGUAGCGGAUAUAUUAGAACAAUCUGUGCAGUCACAAUUAAAUCUCGAUGAAAGUAACAAUGUAAUACCAGGAGACGAGGACGAACAAAAAUCAGAUAUUAAAACUCCUCUUGCAGAAUUACAACCAUCACUAGAUUCAGUGCCAAAUACUACUUCAGAGGGAAUUAUUCAACCUAUGGAAUUACCUCAUGUUCCAAAUCAUAUGUCUAAAAGUAGUGGAAUUGAAGGAGAAGAACAUUUAUUUGCUACUUUAGAAAUGGAAGCCAGCAAGCAUGAAGAAGAACUUUUAGCUGAAGCUUUAUUGUUACAAGACGAACUAACGGACGAUUUAGCUGCACAUACUGCACUGGUCGAUUCCACACCAGCUGUGUCAGAAUCAUUAGCAUCAAGCAACAUGCUUAUGCCUACACUAAUAACUGAACAAGAUGUAAAUAAACCAGCGGAAGCUGUAACGACGACACAAAUUGAGCCAAAUACACCGAAAGAAACGAGCAAGAAAUCGAAAGAUGAUAAAGAGCCAAUUCAAAUAAUUCGGGGUGGUCGUGUGAUUACAUUACCACCCAUUGAAGCACCUGCAACUAGAAGUAAACGAUUGCAGGCAAAAACUGAGGUAGCACAGAAAAAUCCUGAACCAGCAAAAAAGAUAGAAAAAAGCAGUCUGCAAGUGCAACAAUUAAUACAUAAAGAAGAAUUAAAAACGAAUGAUGAAGAAGAUGAUGAUGAUGAGGAGGAGGAGGAGGAGGAGGAAGAAGAAGACAACUCAGAUUCAGAAGAUGAUCCAAAUCGAUUAUGGUGUAUCUGCAAACGACCUCAUAACAAUCGUUUUAUGAUAUGCUGUGAUGUCUGUGAAGAUUGGUUCCAUGGAAAAUGUGUACAUGUUAGUAAAGCUAUGGGUCAACAAAUGGAGGAGAAGGGUAUAGAAUGGGUUUGUCCAAAUUGUUCAAAAAAGAAAGCCGAAGAAGAGAAAGUAAAGAAUUUGCAAUCUGGAAAACAAAAAACGAAGAUUGAACUAGCGAAUGAGAAUUCAGUAUCGCAAAAAGUGUUAACGAAAGAAAUACCUUUAUCAAGUCUUUCUAUUAACCCUUCUAUUCCAGUUUCUGGAACAAUGCAGUGUGUUGUUUGUAAGAAAGAAGCUAGAAACUCCAGCAUUUAUUGUUCAGACGCGUGUAUUCUCGCACACGCUCAAGAAACUUUGACCAAGGACAAACCUGUACCAACGGGAUCAAAAACCACAAAAUCAGGGGAAAUUAAGGCAAAAGCCGAGACUAGAGUAAUAGUUCUUGACAGAAAAACUGGCAAACUUCUUACUGGCGCAGAUGCUCCUAUGAAAUCUAAUUUGCAAACAUGGUUGAAAGAAAAUCCAACUUUUGAGGCAAUAGGAGCUAGUAAUAUCAAUACACUUAAGAUAGGUGGGAAGAUUGUCACACAGAUCCAAACGUCUGGAAAACCAAUGAAAAUAACACAGCAGCCAGUUAAAAUUCUACCAAAGAUGAUCUAUACAAAGGUAGUUGGAUCGAAACAAACCGUUUUAGCACCUAAUAAAAAGAUUACAAUAAUUCCUGCACAACAAGUGAAUGUGUCGCCGAGCAAUAAACCGACGCAACUGAAACAGACAAUAAUCUCGACGACGCCGGGAAAGAGCCCUAUAAUAUUGAAGACUUCGACGCCGAAGAGUGUCAUGUCGGCACAGUUGAAAGGCCAAGCAACGGGCUCGCCAAAGCAGAUGGUUAAGAAGCUAGAGACAAAGCCAUCGCCGUCCCAGUUGAAGCAACAAACUAAGCUAACACCGGUGAAAAAACCAGAGACGGAACCUAUACGAGUAAAUAUCCGGAAAACGCUGACGGAAUUACUGUCCAGCCGUAUAAAGGAAACCGAAGAUCUGAAAUUAACCGAUGAAGAGAUUGCCGAUUUAGCUUUCAACAUAGAACUCGAAAUGUACAAAUAUUUCAAGGACACCGGUUCCAAAUACAAAGCAAAGUACAGAAGUCUUGUGUUCAACAUAAAGGAUACUAAGAAUCUGACAUUAUUUAGAAAAAUCGCGGAUCGUUCCUUGACGCCGGAUGCGGUAGUACGAUUAAGUCCGGACGAAAUGGCCAGCCAAGAAUUGGCCGAGUGGCGGGAGAAGGAGACCAAACAUCAGCUGGAGAUGAUAAAGAAGAAUGAAUUAGAUCUGAUGGCUCAGGCCAAGUCAAUAGUCGUAAAAACUCACAAGGGCGAACAGAUAAUUGAAAAUGACGGCGGAAUUGAUCACGUUGAUCCUAAGACACCUGUGCAGGAUAUCGUCACCGCGUUGAAUAGCGGCGAUAGCAUAAGUUCCACGGUUGAUGAAUUGGAGAAGAGUAAGGAUAAGGAGGAGAGGUUGAGGUCGCGAAUAGACAUGAAAAAAUCGAAAGGCAUGGACGAACGUAGAAGGAAGGAUAAGGAAAGAAGCAGGGAACGCGAUAGCAUAAAAUCCAAAAGCAAAGAUCGGCGGGAUAGAAGUCAUAGCCGGCAUCGGCGUAGCCGAGAUCGGGAGCGCAGCAAAACGCGAGACAAGAGCAAGGAGCGGAAGUCUAGAAAUAAAGAGAGUAGACGUGACAAAGAGAGAGAGCGCGAUAAGGAUCGGAAAGAUCGAGAUAAGACAAAUAGGAAGGAGAGCAGAGAGAGAGGCCGGCAGAAAGAAAAAGACAAGCAUAAGAGGGGCGAUAGUCGAACGAGAAAUCGUAGCGAGUCCCGCGAAUCUAAAGAUAUUGAUAAAAAAGAGGAGGAACGAAAGAAGGAGACGGACAAGAAGAAGGAAACCUCGCCGUCUGCAGAGAAACCGAUUGAAGAUCGUCUCUGGCGACACAUAGAGGAUGAGGCGACCACGAAUACCAUCGACGGAAACGAUUCUGACAUAUCGGACAGAGAACCUAGCUCCACCGUCACAAUCAAGACGCCCGACAUAAACGAGGAACUCGAGAGAGACAAAGAACCAGAAACAGACAAAGAUGCGACGUCGAAAGGCGGAUGGCGAACAGUCUGGCGUGGUUUUGUUAACAUGGUUGACGUCGCCAAGUUCUUUAUAACUGCGCAAGAAGUAAGCGGCAACGCCAAGGACCUAAUGGACGAUCUACCGGAUACUGUCGACGUUGUCGGCAGGAUUAGUCAUGAUACUGUUUGGGAUUAUAUCUCAAAGAUGAAGAGGACAGGCUCGAAGGAGAUCCUGGUCAUCAGAUUAACAGCCGCGAACGACGAAGAAAAGAUUCCAUAUAUAACUCUGUACAGCUAUUUGAAUAGCAGAAGCCGUCUGGGCGUCGUGGGCAAUGUCUCCAAGAAUAUUAAGGACUUCUACAUAAUGCCGUUUUCGAGUCAGAGCACGAUACCGCCGGUGCUCCUGCCACUCACCGGACCCGGCUUCGAGGAGCAUCGGCCGCAUUUACUUCUAGGCAUCAUAGUUCGUAACAAGAAGAAACGAGUAACAGCUAUACCGCCAAUCGUCUCUACAAAGACGUCCAAGAAGGAAUCGACCGACAGGAGUUACACGCCGCCAUUGGUCAGCGUGCCGAAGGAGAAGACUUCAUCGCCGCCGCCGUCCUCAUCGCCCAUGUUAUACAAAGCGACUGCGUUGACCGACUCGAAGGAGAAACCAACGGUGACGCAAAUGACUUUAGAAUCUCUCAACAAGGCGCACAUAGGCAUGUCGCGGGGCGUCAUAGACACCGCGACGAUCUGCAAGAUUGUUCCGGAGUUGUCGUCCAAGAUUGUCGACCUGACGUCAUCGCCUGGUAAGGACGACGAUGGGGACGAACCUUACAGUCCUGGAGAAUUGGACGACGACAUGAAUAAUUUGCAGACCACUACCGACAGCGCUGCCGGAAUUCUAUCAUCCAGCAAAAAUUCCACGGAACUGCAGAGAAAGAUGGACGAGCUGAAUCGGCAGAUCGAAGAACAGAAGCAACAGAUCGAAGAACAGAAGCAACAGAUACAGAGCAUAAGCUCGUCGUUUCUCGACGAAACUACGCCGACUCUGCCGGGUUUGGGGCUGGAUCCACCCAGCAACGACUGCGAGGAAGCCUACAGUCCUUCGGAUACGCGCUCCUUCACGCCACCUCCUCCAGGGAUCUCAAAGUUUGCGCAGCCGAUCCUCGACAAGGUCUCGGACAUCACUAUACCGCCGAAUCUGCAGGAGAUAUUGGCGAAUGUGAAACGACAGGAAUCCUCCAAAGUGGAUCCUUAUCUCCCGUCUAAGCCUAGCGCGUCGUUUCUACCCGCGACUGGUACCUCACUCUACGGUUCGAGCACGGAGAGAUACUCGCCGUCAUCGUCCAGGAUCACACAAUCGGAGAAAGCAUUGUCCGAGACACCGAAAGAGAGCAAGAGCACCCUGAGUACGCUGAGCGAUUUGGAUCUAAUCCGAAAGGCGGAGGAGGAAUUGGCCGCUGUAGCCGCUGCAACAGCAGCAGCGGCUGCGUCGGCGAUUCCCGCGUCAUCAUCAUCAUCAUCAUCACCGUCCUUGCUUGUGUCUCCUAUUCCAAAUAUCGUUCUGUCGCCGCCGUCUGGUUCGAUGAACGACGCGCCAAUUACGCAGGCUCUUUCCUCCCUUCCCUCGGAAUCUGCAGAGGCUUUGUACAAGCCGACCCCUACGGAUUCCUUCAAAAAGAGUUAUGCUCCUGAACAACCGAAGCCACCUGGUCUAGAGGAUGAGGACUUUCCCAUAUUCCCGUCGACUCCGCCAAUAGAUGUCUCGAAAGUGACAUCUCGCUCGAAAAUUUCACCCAAGACUGGAAUCGUGCUGAAUGUCAAGCGAAAGUUAAGCGGCGACGGUAAAUCACCGCCGUCAGCUAAAUUGCCAAGGACUAAAUCGCGUUGGGGUCAAGGACCGUCUGAAUAAACCGAUGAAAUCAUGAUACAUUUGUUGAUCUCUCAGAAUAUAAUCUUUUUAUAUACGCUGUUCACAGAGACACUAUUAUAGUCAAACGUUUUAUCGUGUUUUGAAGCGAAAGAGCGAUGAACUAUGGAAAACCUUGAUUGUAACUUGUAACGCAAAUGUACAAAAAGUAUUUGUGUCCUAUCUGCGUUGAAAAAUAAUUGUACGAGUACCCUGUUGUAUAAGUGUACUCUAUAUGUUAAAAGUGUAAAAGACGAUAAAAGAGAGAAAAGAAAAGGUAGCAGGAGAGGGAAAAAAAGAGAAAUGAGAUUCAUAUUAUUGGACAAUAAAUCAUUGCAUUUGAUGGACGAUUAAUGAGUUUCUCUCCGAGAAAGACACACUGGAUUCUACGUGCGUCAGAUGUAGAUAGAAUUUCUUCUUGAUUAUCGAAUUUGUAAGAAAGAAAAAGCGAUAUCUUGUAAUGGGAUGUAUGUGCGAUCUAUAUCAGAGCUUUGUGCGUCUGAGAGAGCCCCUAUUUUUUUCCAAAAUCUAUCCGUCACUUCCUUAUCCAAGAUGAACUUUGUCAAAGAGGAUCAUGGAAGGGUCCCAUCUUUCAAAUCUCGCUGUUUACUGACGUCCCACACAUACCAAUGCGAGAAACCCGAGGAGAGUCCUACCUAAAAGUAUCUAUUUAUCUCAUACGUGUUGAAUCACAUAAAAAUGUGAGGAUAAAAUGAACUAGACCGACAAAUUUACAUCCACAGACUUACAAGCGCUAAUAAUUGUCAGAAAAGAUGUACAAAACAAACCACAUGGUCGAGUGAAAUGUAAAUACACAUUUACACGCCAUGCGCAUGCGUCAAAUUCUUACUCGAAUAUUGUCAUUGUACGUUUUCUUGUAAAUACCAAAGCGAAGGGAUAAAUAAAACUCGACGGUCAUUAUUGCGCCGUACACUACA